ACUGCAUUUUAUUGUUGAGUGUAGCAGGCAAGCAGCGAACUGAAAACUUCUGUACUGCAUUCAGAUUACUGGCGUUUCUCUGUAGAAGCCACAGUGUAGGUAGAGCGACCAACAAUCGAAUCUAAGGACAACCGGCCCGGUUCGUAGUGUAGAUCCGACUCCUUCUGCUACCACUAUGGAUGAUUUAGAUGCUUUGCUGGCGGACUUGGAGUCGACGACCUCCCACAUCUCCAAGCGGCCAGUGUUUCCGCCGGACGAGUCGCCCUACUCUUUCCCCACGGGAGGACAGGCCCCUCCCCCUGUACCACCACCUCCCUCUGCUGAGGCCCUGAACGGAACCUUGCUUGACCCCCUAGAUUCCACCCCCUUGUCCACACAGUCCUACAGCCCUGCACAGAAAAGCUUGUGGUCCAGGGACAGCAGUAGCCCCCCCUUACCCCGAAGCGAAGAGGACCACGUCUACAGCUUCCCCAACAAGCAGAAGAGUACGGAGGCUGCCAUGAGCUCCUCCCUGGGCUGCAACCUGUCGGAGCUGGACCGGCUGCUUUUAGAGCUCAACGCCGUGCAGCACAACACGCCCUCCUUUCCCACUGAGGAAGAGUCAGCCCCGCCCCUCCCCUCCAGCAGCACCACCCAUUAUGUGCAGGCGAACGGGGUUUUGGGGGCCGGCAAGGUGCCUCGCCCCACCAUGGAGAAGCCCAAACGCAGUGUGGCCACCAGGGUCAUCGAAGACGUGCGCCCCAGCGCCAAGAGCCUCCUGGACAAGCUAGAAAGUUCUGUGCCCUCUCCCAUCCCUACCCCAUUGGUGGAGGAGGAGACGCCCUCCCAGCUGCAGGCCAGAAUCUCAGCCUCCUCCGCCACGCGGGAGCUUGACGAGCUCAUGGCCUCGCUGUCCGACUUCAAAGUCCAGAGCAACAUCCUGGCCCAGGGGAAGAGCACACCCACGGCUCCCCCCAAACAGGCCAACAAGCUGGACAACAUGCUGGGCAGCCUCCAGUCAGACCUCCAUAAACUGGGCGUCCAGACUGUGGCCAAGGGAGUGUGUGGGGCCUGCAACAAGCCCAUCGUUGGACAGGUGGUGACCGCCAUGGGGCGCACAUGGCACCCAGAGCACUUUGUGUGUACCCACUGUCAAGAGGAGAUCGGCUCCAGAAACUUCUUUGAGCGGGACGGAGCGCCCUACUGUGAGAAGGACUACCACGACCUCUUCUCCCCACGCUGCCACUACUGUAAUGGACCUAUCCUGGACAAAGUGGUGACGGCGCUGGACAGGAACUGGCAUCCAGAACACUUCUUCUGUGCUCAGUGUGGAGCUUUCUUUGGCCCAGAGGGCUUCCAUGAGAAGGAUGGGAAGGCAUAUUGUCGGAAGGACUACUUUGACAUGUUUGCGCCCAAGUGUGGAGGCUGUACCCGCGCCAUCCUGGAGAACUACAUAUCAGCCCUCAACUCCCUCUGGCACCCCGAGUGCUUUGUCUGCAGGGAGUGCUUCACCCCCUUUGUGAACGGGAGCUUCUUUGAGCACGAGGGUCAGCCCUACUGUGAGGGCCACUACCAUGAGCGCCGCGGAUCCCUCUGCUCGGGCUGCCAGAAGCCCAUCACAGGCCGCUGCAUCACGGCCAUGGCCAAGAAGUUCCACCCCGAGCACUUUGUCUGUGCCUUCUGCCUCAAGCAGCUCAAUAAGGGCACCUUCAAGGAGCAGAAUGACAAGCCCUACUGCCAGGGCUGCUUCAUCAAGCUCUUCAGCUAGGGAGCUAGCCUCCCCCAGCCUGUGUGUGUGCGUAUCCGUGUGUGCGUGCUGUGUUCCAAUUCUCUACUGUUCUGCCCUAAGUGUGCACUUGCUCACUUCCCUUAAUGAAUUUAAAAGGAAAUAACAGUUGUAAGAAAUAUGGUGGAAACUCCAGGCCAAUCCUAUCCAAUGCUUUUUAAAUGUGUGGGAAGGAGUACACAGGUGCACACUUCAAAGACAAAGAAGAGAAUCAGGACAACAGGUGAGUGUGUUUCUCAAAAGGUGUAGGCUGGAAUAGAAGGCUGUCAGUGGCUAUGAUGAUGAAGAGGAAGCAGAGUUGUUCCUUACUGUGCAUGUAGCUGAGAUGAGCCUGGCCAUUAGAAAAACCACAGCUCUCCCUACAGGUGCCUAUUUGGAGGAGUUGGAGUAAUCAGUCCAACAUUUAUUUUUGUAGUUGUAAAACACUGUCGGUGCAAUUGCAAAUACAUACCUAUAAACUGUCUCUCGAUCUAAAACGCACCGACAGAUUUUAAACUCGGAGAAGAGGAAAAGCUUUCGCCUCUCCCUCCUUCCUUUCUCUUCUCUAAGACCAAUUCAAACACUUGGUGCUCACUCUCAACUCAAUCAUAGAUCCCUCUCUACGACCCUCAUGGGGGCAUUUUACAGCCUGGUACGGCCAAGAUAUCAGGGUCCUAUUUUUGUACACUUUUCCUAUGGAAACUUUCAUAUACUUACGAGGACGGCUCAGCAACACAGAUUUAGUAGAUCCAUAUUCCUUUUCCUAAUUUGUUUAACUCUCAAAUUAGUUUGUCCAAAAUAAUACACACAUUGUUUUAGAGGCACACACACACUCCAGACUACUGCUCUUUUUGUGCUAUGGACUCUCCAUUUCUAUUUUUAGUACAUCAGUCUUUGCUUCACCGAUUCUCAUAUGAAUUCUCAUUCAUGUGAAUCUGAUUUCAAAAGAACGUACAUUUGAAUAUUGUCUUGCCCUUUAUGUGGACAGAGGGUGGGGGUGUUUGGGUGAGUUUUGGGUACCGCACCUCUUUUGAUCUCGUAGGAACUCUGCUCAUCCCUCUCUUUCCAUUAGCUUUGGGUAGGGAGGCAUCUCUUACUUAGCCUGGCAACCAAACAGAGCACAGUGUUCUCCAGUCUGGUGUAACCAGGCAAGGCUUCUCUCUUUCUAUGAGGAAAAUACUGGAGCAUGUUGAUUUGAAACAGCACACACAUUUAUCCAAGUCUUAAAAUGAAUUAAUUCAGAGUGAAUGGGGAGUGCAUUUCUUGGGGCAAUGUUUUGGUGUAAAUUUAGCUACUGACAAUGUGUGUGUUUUCCCACAGUUACUUAAAGACAAAGUAAUACAGAUAGGCUUGGUCCUUUUAAUGUAUUUGCUGCCAAUUGCUAAUACAAUCACAAAAUUUGAGCAAAAUUUGGUUUAGUGACAUGGCGUAGUGUUGUCACUCUUUAGCUCACACUGAUAUGCAAAGAGCUGGCUCUAUGGGCAUAGAUAU